UCGAGCGCAGCGCACACUCGCCGCCGCACACACAUCCCAAUCGCGCGCCUGCUUGAGCCACGAGGAGAGAAGAGCCCGCCACCCACAUGCACAGCGGCUCCACACUCGAGAAAGCAGGUCUUGGACUGUAACAACCACCCCUUCGUCUCCUCCACACCGACCGCACCAUGUCGGAGGCGCGCCAGGGCCGCGGAAGCCUCCUGCUCGUCUGCACGAUUGUCCUGCUGCUGGCGGCCACCACCACCGGCUCACCCCUCGGACCCUCGCAUCCUGCCUUGGCGCCAGGUAACUUCGCGAGAAACAUUCGCAACCUGGAGUGCGUUUCGCGCAAGACUCAGGAGAAGGGUACAUGCAUGUUCGCGCUUUCCUGCAUAAAAAUGAAUGGCACGCAUUUGGGUGUUUGCGUGGACCGCUUUUACUACGGCAGUUGCUGCAAACUACCCGAACUUCAGCACGAAGUUGACCUCGGUGGCGGUGACACGAAUGACCUCACUCAGGUCGUCAAGAAGCCAGUGACGGCAGCCAACGUGGUCGAGACCAGCACCACCGCAGCGCCGGCACCCACCAAAGCGUCCACGGUCAAGCCGACGACCACGACCAGGAAACCCUCGACCACGACGGCCAAACCGACCACUGCGGCCAGCAAGCCGACGAAUGCCGCGACGAAGCCGACCACAUUCUCGCCGCCGAGGAAGCCGGCGAACGCGACCUUGACCGCCAAGCCGAGCAACACCACCAAACCUGCCAAACCGGUGACGAUACCGCCCCCGACCUACCCCUCAACCGCCAAGCCCGCCACCACCGGCUCCAAACCGAGCUCAACAAAACCAGUCUCGACCAAACCGACCACCCCCAAGCCUACGACGGUCUCCAAACCCUCAACGACGGCAUCCAAGCCCUCGACGACGGCCUCCAAACCUACGACGGCCUCCAAACCUACGACGGCCUCCAAACCUACGACGGCCUCCAAACCCUCUACAACGGCAUCGAAACCCCCGACAACCCCUUCAAAGCCUUCGUCCACAACGCCAGCGAAGCCAGCGCCAACGAAACCAACCACCGCCGCCACCAAACCGCCGGCCAAACCGGCGUCCUCGACUACCACGCAGAAGCCAAAACCAACCCCCUCUACGACGGUCAGCAACGAAGUGUCCACCGCGGCGUCCGUCUCUUCAAAGCCCUCCGUGGAGGCCGUGGAGGAGGAGACGAACGCGGUGUCCGGCACCCAGAAGCCGGCAGCCAGCAGCAAACCCACCCCGCCGACCUUCCCCACGUCGACGGGCAAGCCGACCCCCUCGGCCAAGCCCACGCCGCCGACCUUCCCCAAGCCCGCGUCCACCCAGAAGCCGACGUCGCCGACGAAACCGGCGCUGACCUCGACCGCCAAGCCUGUGGUGACAACUGCGAAGCCAGCCAACGUUACCGAUGAUAACUGGGUGCAGGUCGCUCUUUCCACGACGUCACCAGCAUCGGUGGCCACCAAGCCCACGCCGACCUACCCUGACGGCAGCUUGUUCACCGAGGAAAUUCCUCCGAGCGUCAGCAGACCCACCCCUCCCACCUUCCCUCCGAAGCCGUCUACCCUGGCGCCAACCACUUUUGCGCCCGAGGUCACAGAUGCGCCCCUCAACAUGUCCGACUACAAACAGGUUUGCGGAAGGAGGCUCUACCCUGACGCCAGGAUCGUGGGUGGAACUCGGUCUACCUUCGCCAAGUGGCCUUGGCAGAUCUCGCUGCGUCAGUGGAGGACCUCGACUUAUCUGCACAAGUGCGGCGCGGCGCUGCUCAACGAAAACUGGGCCAUCACUGCCGCUCAUUGCGUUGAAAACGUGCCUCCGUCAGAUCUGUUGUUGCGGCUCGGAGAACACGAUCUGAGCACAGAAAAAGAGGCGCAUCCGCACCUCGACCGCAGGGUGCAGAUCGUGGCCAGUCACCCGCAAUUCGACUCGCGCACCUUCGAGUACGACUUGGCCCUGCUCAGGUUCUACGAGCCAGUCACCUUCCAGCCAAAUGUGAUACCCAUCUGCAUCCCCACUGACGACAAAACCUACAUCGGAGAGACGGCUUUCGUCACUGGAUGGGGCAGACUUUAUGAAGAUGGUCCCCUGCCCAGCGUAAUGCAGGAAGUGUCAGUUCCCGUGCUAGAAAACGCAGUGUGCGAAACCAUGUACAGAUCUGCCGGCUACAUCGAGCACAUUCCAAAUAUUUUCAUUUGCGCCGGCUGGAAGAAGGGAGGUUUUGACUCUUGCGAGGGUGACUCGGGCGGCCCGAUGGUGAUCCAGCGAGAGGACAAGCGGUGGACCCUGGCGGGAGUGAUCUCGUGGGGCAUCGGGUGCGCGGAACCCAACCAGCCCGGCGUCUACACCAGAAUAUCUCACUUCAAGGACUGGAUCAGCCAGAUUCUGCAGUUCUAAUUGUAAGCGAGGCCAACCAGAGUGACGAUUCAAGCGAGGAAAAGCAAAGUGUUGUUCUAGUCUUGGCAAUUUCCAUUACGAAAAGACAGUGUGCUCUUGCUGAAAUUGACAGCAAGGUCAAGAGUGGAAAUUCCAAGUUCAAUGGUUUAGAACAAGAAAAUUUUGUUGAUCAGCUAGGUUGUGGGUGGGCCCGGAUGACGAUUCAUACGAAUUCGAGAAGAAAAUGCAAAUGCCAUACAAAUUGUUGACUAUGGCUUUUCCAAGCGGACAACCGAAAUAAUUUAUUUGUUUGUUCAAGUAUAUGCGUUCUAAGGAGGGCCAUCCAGGUGCAAUGGAAUUGCACGCGCGUGUACACGGACAGAGUGCUCUAAUUUAUACCUUUGAUGCAGUUUAUUUAUUGGUUGAAUGAAAAAGAGUGUGAUAUUACUUAGAAGAAAUCGUUGUGUACUUAGGAUUUCUAGAUUUAAGAGAAUGAUUGUGAUUUUCUAAUUUUUAAUGCGCGCAUUACAUGAAAUCAUUAAAGAUUUUCAAUGCAAA